UCUCAUUGUUUCUUUCAGGAUUUGGUGACGAAGAGGAUUAUUGGCAGUGGGCAUGAGGAGAAAUGGCUCUACCUAACUUGAACCUCAAUCACCUUUUUUGGCUAUAGCUCAGUCCUAUAUGUGUGGAGAUCUGUGAACCAUUUUCAAGAUGGGAAAUGCAAAUGGUAAAGAAGAGGGAGAGAAUGGAAGUGAGGAUCCAUCAGGGCAAUCCAAUGCAGAAUCAGGUUACAACAAUGAUUUUCCUGUGAACUCUUACCAUCCAGCAAGAGUGAAUUCAGUUGAUUCAAUGGGGAACUCACCACCACUGAGCCCCGGUCGUUCUCAACCUCCUCCUAUGUUUGCUCCUCAGGUUCCUGUGCCCCCCUUACAAAGAGGCGAAACUUCAGUUUUCAAUCAACUUUGGGUAGAUGAAUCUCAUGGAGAUCUAGAUGUACCAACUGAGCAAGGUAUCCCCACCAUGAUCACAUGGACCUACGGUGGCAACAAUGUGGCCGUGAAGGGAUCCUGGGACAACUGGACUUCAAGGAAGAUGCUGCAAAGAUCAGGUAUAGAUCAUUCUCUUCUGUUGGUGCUCCCUUCAGGUAUAUACCAGUACAAGUUCAUUGUGGAUAGUGAGUGGAGAUAUAUUCCUGAUCUUCCUUGCAUUGCUGAUGAGACGGGCAAUAUUUGUAAUCUUCUUGACGUGCAUGAUUAUGUGUCAGAGAACCCAGAAAGUGUUGCCGAGUUUGAGCCUCCACCAUCACCAGACUCCAGCUAUGGUCAGGUUUUUCCAGUUGAAGACUUUGCAAAGGAGCCAAUUGCUGUUCCUCCCCAGUUGCAGCUCACAGUCCUGGGGAUGCCGCACUCUGCUGAAUAUUCUACAAAACCUCAACAUGUUGUCCUGAACCACCUGUUCAUAGAGAAAGGAUGGGCUUCUCAGUCUCUGGUUGCUCUUAGAUUGACCCAUAGGUUUCAGUCCAAGUAUGUCACUGUCGUCCUCUACAAGCCUCUUAGGAGGUAAAGGGACCCUCCAGUUAAAAACCUCCUGAUUCCUGAUAUCUGUACAGGGGAGUUUUGUAAUCGUCGUUUGGUGAGACAUUUCUGUUUAGUGUAUGAAACUUUUGCUUAAUCCAUUUCUUGUCUACAUGUUUGUUCA